UCAAGUCCUACUCAAAUUAUUAGAAAAAUUGCGGAUUCGCCAUUCUUGCCAACAGUUCUCAUCAUGACGGGAGUUCGCGUUCACACCUUCGACAGCGCAAAGGACUUCAAGGCCGAGAUUGCCAAGCCCGAGUACCAAGGGAAGUUGGUCGUAGUUGACUUCACGGCCACGUGGUGCGGCCCGUGCCAAGCCAUCAAGCCGCGUGUCCACGAUUUGGCCAAGGCGGAACCAACGGUCGUCUUCUUCGAAAUCGAUGUCGACGAGAGCGACAAUUGCAGCGGCGAGCUUGGUAUCUCCGCCAUGCCAACGUUCCAUCUGUACAAGGACUCCGUCAAGAUCGGUGAACUCGUCGGCGCCAACUAUGCGGCGUUGCAAGAUUUGGUGGAGAAGAACAAGUAAUGUUCGCUUUUAAGGAGA